AUGGGUUCGAUUGCCUAUCGCGACCGCGAGCGCGACUAUGACGCUCGAACCAGUGUCUCAUCAAGUCGUCGUGAACGAGAUGGUGGCUACACCACCGUGAAGCGAUACAUAAUUAAAGAUGACGACAACCGCUCCUCCUUUGGCGGCCGUGACUCCCGAUCUUUCGUGCCCGAGCGCGCAGGCGAGCGAGUGGAGGAAACCCGCAUUAUUCGUCGCGAAGCCGAUGUUGAAGAGCCUCCACGGCGGGAGAUGCGCAGAGAAGAGCCGAAAUAUUCGACCGAAGAAUUGGUGAUUCGCCGCGAUCGUGACGAUGACCGGAGGGAUCCCUACUAUGAUCGCCGACCUGCCGAGCGCUCCUCUGAUCAAGAGCUCAUCAUCAGACGCACCACGGAAGAGGAACCCCGCCAUGAGACCGCCCUCUCCCGAUUCGAUGAUCGUGAUCGCCGCGACUACCGCUAUGGGGAUAACUACGAGGUCGGGCCUCCUAGGCGUGGUGAUUUUUAUGAACGCGAUCGCGAUGUCCAGCGAUACACUCGCACCACGGACUACUAUCAGCCUGCUCCUCAGCCACAAAUUGUGGUUCUCAAACAAGACCCCAUCAUUAUUCGCGAGCGCAUCCGUGACGAUGACUACCAGGUUGUUCGCAAGACCGACAUCGAUGAGGAAAAAUCGAUCGUCCGCAGGGCUCCAGAGCCGCCUAAAGAGGAAGAAUAUUUCUAUGAGAAAAAGGUGCGCGAGCGCAUCGACGAUGGGCGCAGGCGUUCUCGCUCGCGUGACGAUGAUUGGCGUGACCGCCGAGUCAUGAAGCGAGAAGUUAGCCCGCAUGAUUCAGUCUCCCAAGUAGGUGGUCGUCGCGACUACAGCAGCGAUGACAGCAUGGUCUACGUCAAGCGUACCAAGGAAACAACUGUCGAGCGAAGCCCUAGCCCGGACCGACGCAAGAAUCUGGCCGCUGGCGCUAUUGCAGGUAUCGGUGCUGCCGAGCUCCUUCGCAAUCACAAGAAGAAGGAAGGGCGUGACGCCUCGCAUGGCGUCGGUCGUCUCGGCCGUGACAUCGGUGCCGGUGCUUUAGGUGCUGUCGCCGCAGAAGGUAUCAGUCGUGCUCGCUCUGCAUACCGCAGCCGAAGCCGCCGCCGCCGCUCUCGAUCCCGUUCUGGAUCGAGCGAUAGUGGUCGUGCUCGACGACGAAGCCGCAGCAGAGGCCGCGGCGAGAGUCGCAGCCGUUCCGAGUCUCGCUCCAAGCUAAAGACCCUCGGUGCGUAUGGUCUUGGCGCGGCCGCUCUCGCUGCCGCCGCUGCAGUUGCUGCGAAGAAGAUCAAGUCCAAUAAAGAGAGGGAUGGCUCAGUAUCUCCUCACAGAGGCCGCAGCCAGUCUCGGCACAGAACAGAUCGGGUGGAAUCUAUGCAGGAACUGACCAAUGAUCCAUCGGCUGGUGAUGAUGCUCGCAAUCCAAAGCAUCGCAAUAAACGCAUGGCUGAAGCUGGUGCUGCGGGUGCUGCUAUUACUGCGCUCAUUGAUAGAGCUCGCAGCAAGUCUCGAGGCCGCGACCGAUCUCGUUCCCGUAUCAGGACGGCGGCACCGGUCGUUGCGGCAGGUCUGGGCAGUGCUGCCCUUGCUGGUCUCUACGAGCGGAACAAGGCCAAGAAAGAAGCUGAAGUCAUUCAGAAGGAUGAGCGCCGUAACAGAUCUCGUUCGCGCAGCCGUGCUCGCUCAGAGUACACCGAAGGCUAUCGAGACGGACCACUCAAUGAUCCUGGCCUGAUUGAAUACGGCGACGGCCCGAUGCACGGUAACAACUAUGGCGAGGGCUACUACGGCAGACCAGCGCCGCAAGAGGGUUAUUACGCCAACCAAACCGCCGUGGUUCCCGCUCCUGGCACUGCAGCUCCAGCCCCUUAUGGCGCUACUCGUGAUUUCCGGGACCCAAGUCCCGGAUAUGGCCGCGAACGACGAAGCAGGUCUCGAAGCACAAGCUCAUCUCCAGGUGGACGUCGCCGCAGUAGCAGACGUCGUGUUGCCGAAGCCGGUGCGGCGGCCGCGGCAGGCGCUGCUGGAGCAUCGAUGUAUGAGCGUUCGAAACAAGAGAAGCGCGAGCGAAAGGCUCGUAAACGACGUGAGCAAGAGCAAUACGGCGACCCGUAUGAAGAAGGGUACAACCCACAAGCCUCGCACGCGCCGCCUCCAAGCGAUCCGUAUGGUGCGCCGCCGCAGCCUGGAUACUAUCCUGAAAGUGGCGCCUUCCCACCACCACCUGGCGCUGGACAGUACGCACCCGACCCAGCAGCUCAGCAAGCUGGCAACUACAUGCAGCAAGGCUAUCCGCCGCCCCCACCAGGAGGCCCCGGGAUGCCUCCCCCACCUGGUGUUGGCUACGAGCCAUACGCAUCCGGCGCCAACCCAUAUGCGCCACCUCGGGGCGCAGACAAUGUGAGACCUCCUCCUCCCAUCACUCCCGCAAUCAGUGUGCAGCCUCCUUCUUCCACCCCCGACACCACACAGCUCCAUGUCCCGCCAACCUAUGUUCCUCCCACCAAUCGCGCCGCUUCGCCUCCUCGCGAAAGCGACCGCCGCCUGAACGACUCUCCACCACAGUCUUCAACUCCCCGUCCCCGUGCCGUAUCACAACCCCCUCCUGCCUCUGGCUCUACCUCCAACGGUCCCCGCAAAUCUGUCCAGUUCGCUGCCGAGCCGGACGUCCAGCCCGCAGACCCGCCUGCAUCAGAAACUUCGAUGCCAGAGACUGGGCGAACACGGCAUCGCCGUCGCGAUCGCGGAUAUGAGGCAGGUGAUGACACAGACGAAACGCCGGAUGAUCAGCGGCGCAGAGCUAAAGGGUUAGAGCCACAAGACGUUGCAGAAAGAGAUCGCGGCCGAGAAGGCGAUGGUGAUGGGGAAAAACGCCAUCAUAGAAGGCGGCGGAGCCAUGACCCCUCGUCCUCUUCUCGCCGCGACAGGGAUAGAGACCACAAGGGCAAGCAGAAGCGUCGGGACGACGGCAACAACGACGGCGGCGACUCGGACGCCACUGAGGAGCUGCCUCCGCGCUUCGAUAACGAGGGACGCAAGAAAUCGGAGCGGGGCGAGGACCCUGUGGCGGAUCGCCUUGAAGAGAUCAUCAGUGGCAAGGGCGCUGCGGGCAAAGUGUUUGGGAAUUUCGUUGAUGGGCUGUUUGGGCCUGGGGAGCGGAAGAAGAGGGAUCGUUGA